CGUAUCUGAAUGCGAGAAGAGUUCGCUUGGGUGACGCUGACGACAAAUGACACGUACUCACUGGGUGCCUUGGUUUUGGCCCACUCCCUGAAGAGGGCCAAGACCGCUCAUCAGCUGGCCGUUUUGGUCACGCCCAAUGUCUCGCAGGCGAUGCGCGACCGACUGACGGAGGUCUACAACGUGGUGCAGGAGGUCAAUGUGCUCGACUCACAGGAUGCCGCCAACCUGGCGCUCCUCUCCCGCCCCGAACUGGGCGUGACCUUCACAAAGCUCCACUGCUGGCGCCUCGUUCAGUUCGAGAAGUGCGUCUUCCUGGAUGCGGAUACACUGGUCUUGCAAAACUGCGACGAGCUGUUCGAGCGCGAGGAACUGUCGGCUGCUCCAGAUGUCAGCUGGCCGGACUGCUUCAACUCCGGCGUGUUUGUCUUCAAACCGAGCGUGGACACCUUUGCCCAGAUCACAGAGUUCGCUGUGAAGAAUGGAAGCUUCGAUGGCGGUGACCAGGGUCUGCUGAAUCAGUUCUUUGCCGACUGGUCGACGGCGGACAUCAAGAAGCAUUUGCCAUUUGUGUACAAUGUGACGGCCUAUGCCUCGUACUGCUAUCUGCCCGCCUUCAAACAGUUCAGAGAUAAGAUUAAGAUUUUGCAUUUCGCCGGCAAGCUGAAGCCAUGGCUGAUUCAGUUCAACUCGGAGACAAAGGUGGCCAGCGUUUCGUCGGAGUAUGCCCAUGCCCAGGAUCUGAUUCAGCUGUGGUGGAACAUCUUCUGCGAAAAUGUCAUCCAGUCCCUGUCCACCGAAAUGUGCCUUUGCCUAAAUAUAAUACGCACGCAAAGCGAAUUUGCGGCGGAUGAGCUGCAUCAGCGGCAGCAGCAGCUGCACCACCAUCAGUUGCAUGUGCGCCAGUUCCGCGAUCCUUGGGCAGAUUACUAUGAGAAUCUGGAGAAGGAGCUGCAGGAGCAGGAACAACGGCGGCAUCAGCAGCAGCAGCACCACAAUCCCAGCCAGAAUCACAGCCAGGACAAUGGGAAUGCGGAUGCGACUGCGAUUGCGAAUGAGAUUGAAAAUGAGAACGAUAGAACGAUUGCAAAUGCAAAUGUAAACGCGAAUGCCACUGAGUGGCAUCAUGACGAUGCAUGCCACCCACCUCCGUCGACGAGUCCUUCGCCCCAAACACAAAAUCAAGCCCACAAUGCCAAUGCCACUGCCAAUGCCGAAGGCUUUUCAUCCGUAGAUGUGAAUAGCAAUGAGCUAAACAUUUCCCAGCCACCUGUACACGCCUCCUCCUCCUCCGACACAGCCACGCCCACUGCCACGCCCUCGCAAACGCAAACGCCCACGCCUCAUCAUUCCGUACAUAGUCAGACAGUAGAAAAAGCGACAAACCACCAACAAGAACAUGAAGUUGCAGCCACAACGCCGCCUGAGGCGGGUCUGGCUGGUGCUCUGUCACAGCUCCGCAUCGGUCAGCAGCGCACUCCCGAACAGGAGGCCUACGAGAACCAGAUGCGCCGCCAGUGCUGGGAAUCCGGCCAGAUUGACUACUCCGGUGCCGAUUCGUUCGAGAACAUAUGGAAGAAGAUAUCGCAGACGCUGGAGAGGAAGACCGAGAAGGAGUCGGAAGAAACUGGUAGCUCAUAGAUACAAAACCGAAACUAAACAGAACAAACAAAUGCAAAUCGUUCGUUAUUCGUCGUUUUGUUGCCAUUUUUUUCUUGUACACGCACACACGUACACCACACUCAACCACUACGUCCCCCCCUCUUCCCCUAAACGGAAAGGCCCCCACACACAGACCACCCCCUUUGGGAGGCAGGCGCACUGUUGCCAAUGCUAAGAAGCACCCGGUCUAAUUGAAAUUUAAGGUUUGGCCAAAAAAUGUUGUCGAAACGAAUUCUUCAGAGUGUCAUAAAUGCAAUUUUUAUUUGCCUCCCCCUUUACACCCCCAUACACGCACACACACACACACGCAACUUGUUAAAAAGAAUGAGCGAGAAAGCAGAGAAAUUUUAAUUAAGUUUUCAAAUUAAACUUUUUGCACUGCUGCUGCUCUCGACAUACGUGAUGUGUUGCGAUGUGUAUGUGGGCGACACACUUGGCACAGUUGCCCCAAUCGCCUGCCCCCAAGCCCCCGCCCCCUUUUUCCUUUCCCUCGGACAAAAUCGAGAAAAAAUGAGCACACUUGGCCCGGCCACAAAGUUUUACACUUCAUUGUAUUUUAAUUGAAAAUUUUGUACUUUCACCCUCUCGUGUGCUUACCGAUUUAUGGCGAUGACUUUCCAGCUCAUCUGCAUCAAAACUCAUUGCGGUAUAGAGGCCAUUUCCUGUCCUUGCCUCUCCCUUUCCCUGCCCUUUUCCCCUAAUUCUUCCAACACAUAUGUACAUAUGUUUUUCCUAUGAAUAAAACGCAAACAAUGAGUGUAUACAAUAACUUUAGAAAAGAUAAACGAAAACCAUUUAAAAUAAAGUAAAAAAUCAAAACUGAAAUUGUAGACCACAUUUUGUGGCUAUUGUGUAUAUGUAUCUGGAUCUGUGUGUGUGUGAGUGUGUGUGCAAAGUGCACCGCCCCCUUUUCGCCCACUUUUCGAAUCGAAUUCGAGCUGAGCGUUAUAUGUUUGUUUCAAGUGUUUUGGCAGCCUAACUUUUCUAUCUAUAUACGUAUAUAUACCAUUUAUGUUAUAAUUUACAUUUUGCAAAUAUUGUCGUAAUAUUUAUUCGAGAACAACAACAACAACAACAAAGAAACCCCAAACAACACAAACAAAAA